AUCUCGAAGAGUCGGAAAACGACAUAUACAAAGAUUUACUCAAAAAACUGGAUAUCCAAAAUCCAGAGCAGCUUCAUACUCUUGUCCGCCAACUUGGAGACCCAGAUCUUUUCUUUGAAAAAUUUCUUAUGGUAAAAAACGAAGAACAUGUAAGUCUAUUGAGAAAUAUAGAAUCCGGCAUACGUUCAUUUAGAGGCUUUCAAAGAUUUAAUAGCCAAUAUAUGCCUGAAGAUUCAGAGCUAAUGACAUGGAAAAACAAAAGAAAAAGCAAAAAUUACAAUGUUUAUUUGUUCAUUGAAAAAAUUGAUGGAAAGUUUUAUAAUUCCACCAUUUUCAGGAAUGUAAUUACACGAUUCACUAAUUAUGGGAUAUUUCAUGUAGGCCUGGAAAUAGAUGGUAUCAUCAUAGAGUGGGGCUAUGGUCUCGCGGGUCCAAGCAUUGUGUGCCCAAUCCCAAAUACCAGAGGAAUGUUGGCCUGUGUGCGAGUAAAUUACCAACAAACAAAUUCUGUAUUUACUCUUCGAUUAUGUAUUUCAGCAAUCGCAAUUUCUAUUAUCCUCGGUGUUGUUAUCGGCGUUUUGACUGGUGGCGUUGGCAUCUUUUUCGCUGUAUUGGGAGCUACGGCAGCAUUGGGAAUAAUUUUAGUUGUUUCACAUAAUAUAAUAAAGAAAGAUAGUAAUAGACUAAAAAGGAUCGCUGAAAAAUGUGCUUAUUAUAAUAAAACUCAUAGUUAUAAUUCUUAUCAUACCAAUUGUCAACAUUUUGUGGACGAAGUCUUAGAAUCUAUUGGCUUAGAAUUUAAGCCGGAAGGGGAAUUCAAGGCAUUUAUGGAUAGAAUUAAAUAUAAUGAAGAUUGUUCGUUCCAAUUUAAAGACAAAAUAUUUGACUCAAGAGCGAACCUCGACGAUUACGCAAAUGAACACUGGAGUAAAAUCAAAAAUAAGUGGGAUAAGAAGCUUUUAAUAUGCUAUUCAGAUGUGAUGGAUCGCAUGUAUCAGGAUGGUGAAAGCAGGUGGGGCCCUAUGGAUGUUAAAAAGUGGCAACAAAGAUAUGAAGAGUUUUUCUAA